AUGACGGAUCUCCUUUUUCCCACCUUCGAAGCUCGACUAAAAUGCCAGAGAAAGCCUCAGUACGCAGCCUUUCUAACGGAUCUUGUUCGUGCUGCUUCUGACGGAAUUGAAGCAUUAUGCACAUUCCGUGCAAUUCUAUAUGACAGCCCAAGUGAGCCUAAAGAUGGAUCAUUCCUGGCAUUCGAUGCCCAUGUUGGCGAUACUGGCUGUCAUCUACGAGCCGGCAUGCUCUUUGAAGCAUAUGCUCUACACAGGGAAAUUUCAAAACAUCGUCUGACCGGCAAAGCCUUGCCACCGAUUUGGAUAGAUGAGACAAUUCGCCGUCUUGAAACAACUCGCACAAAAGCCCAACAUAUUUGUCUCGCGUUGACCCGAGAUGGGGCACGGCCGCAGACACUGGGAUUUGGCGGCAAAGAUCUUGUCAUUGCGAAGGGGCUUAAAGCACUUGAAUGGGAGGAGGUUGCUCUUUCGAAAGGUCCAUUCUGUCUCUAUGAGAAUAACCAGAAAUCCCUGCAGCGUGAAUUUGAAUGCCUGUCCUUUGCAGAUAGCACCGCAAUGUCGUUAGUGUCUUCAGAUAUUAGUCGACCAACCACACCUUCGUCUGACGAAUCUGAAUUUGGUUCUCCUUUUAAAACAGAAUGGGACUUGUAUGACAAUAGGGUCUUGGUGCGGUUGGUUAUUUACUGCUUCAUUCUAUCAAAGUACAAGACCUUCUCAAGCAUGAACAAUACCGUCGCAGCUCGCCUCUGUCCAGAAGCCGCCGCUGAGCAAGGCUACGCCUUGAUGAAAGAUUUUUGGGAUUUCAAACAUCCCGAAUACAAAAAGGCACGACUAGACAGGAUCGGACAGGAACUUCGCGUGCUACAAGUGUGGAUAUCCGAUCUGAGCUGCGCAUGGUUACACUCCAUCGCGAUGCGAUGCGACCUGAAAGAAAUGGGAAAUCUUAUAGCCGAGACGGCCCGAAAGUCAAGCACAGGGCUUAUGGUCGCACCUUGCUACCCAGGCUAUCUCCUCCUCCGCAGAGAGUGGGCUCAUGGCGAGAAUCAAAUCCUUCUCGUCGACCGCUAUUUCUGCUCGUUGGGGUGGCAUUUCAAUAUCUUCGUUGCUCAUAUGGGAAUACAGCGGGACGGACAACAGUUCAAUGCAGACCUACAGUGCCCAAUCGAAUGGUACAUCCAGCCUAUUACGCUUGACAAGUUGGCUUCAUCUGAGUGGAGCUCGCGACCUCUCCCGGUCGCCGUGGGGAAUAAGCGAGCAGGAUACCAUACAUACGAAGCUGAUGAGUGCGACGAGAACAAUCAGCAUCUUCGUGAUUUCAAAGAAGCGGAUCAUGACCGGCUUGCGCUUGCAUUUUUUGGAUCUCAUAAAUGUUAUCCUUUUCAGAUAGAGCCUGCCGAUGAAAUGGAGUAUGUGGGAUUGUAUAUGGAUAUUCUUUGUCCGGGGAUGCGGGGACAGUGGGAGAAAGUUGCAAAUGAACUGGGGAGACGAGGUGGUGGAAAAGAGAACCAGGAUAUCUUUGGUUGGCAGCAUGUUUUCAUCGAAGCCCCAAAGAAAGUGGUCGAUGGGAUGCUGGACAUGGCGAAUUCGGAGUUUCAAUACACUUGCAAGGCUUCUUCCAGCUAUCACAGUAAACAUUCUGCCUGA